AUGUGGAGCAAAGAAGAGCCCCAAGCGCGCAAGCCAACGGUUGUUGUCGUCGAAGCGUGGAACAUGAAGGAUUCACCCGCGAAGAUUUCACGUUUCGCAGAUGUAGACUUGGAUUACCUGGAAGAUGAUGUGGUUCUUUUCUGCUUUGGUGUUCUCACGACGCAGGCACUGCUCCUUCCGCGUUUUCAGUUCAAUUUCUCGAAAACUCGUCGCUGGGGAGUCAAGCUCACCAUGUAUGGGCACACUAUCAUCAAGUCGACCGUUUAUGAUACUCAAAAAGAGGCCAAAUCCGAUGCCUGUCGCGCUGCACUGAAGAAGCUGCAACUUGAUUUUCCGGAUUGGAUUUUGCCUGAUGAUUUUGAUAACAUUGAAUCAAUCAUGCACGGAAACGAGGUUUAUCACAAGGUUCAGGUCCACCGUACGACCUACACUGGCAGAACUGGGACCUAUGCUGAAGAUGAACUCUCACGAAGAUCAUGCGCCUUGUUGGCUCUGCGGCAUCUAUACAUCGAUGGCUCUGAAACAAAUAGCAACCUCUCGGGCACGCUGACUCUGGAGGGGAUGGAUGCUAGGUUGCUCGCCUUGGUUCCAAGAGACCCUGUCCAGGCACGGACCUACAUCUGGGGAAGUUCCAACCAUGCAAAAGCCUCUCGCAAGAAGACGAAACGUGAACGUAUGGUGCAGUUCCAUAAGAAGAAACGACCAGUUGAACAUGAGCCCUCAGCUGAGUUCCCUAACGAGGUUGAUGGCAACAGAAAGCGCCCCAAAAGCGUCCCUCGGAACUCAAACAUGUUGCCACUUCAACACUCCAGGUUGGCAUCGAUUGAAGUACCUGCCGAGAAAGAAGAAAAGAGGUGGGCAGUGACGCCCUGUCAAAUCCAGAGGCAGAUACAUGAUCUGGCUUCGUCUACUGAAAGAUUGCAAAAGGUCUGCGAUCUCCUCCGUUUGGAAUACCCCGAGAUCCGAGUUGACAGACAGGACGGGCGCUUGAUCGACACACGCGGAGAAUAUACUGCAGGGGCUUACUUCAAGACCGAUCCAUUCCUCCGACGUGCCGGCGCCGUCGGCCCCGUGACCGGUCUGCAGGACAGCAGGUCACUGGCCGAACAAGCCUGUGCCGAAGAGGUUAUUAAGUACUUGAUACGGAUGGUCGAGGAGGACGAAGAGCUUGAGACCAAAAUUGCGAAACAGCGUCAGAGUGUCGAACAGUGGAAAGCCAAGAAUGAAGAUACUAUGAUGCAUGAUCACCAGUAG